AUGUGCGGAGGAGCAUUACGUGUCUCAAACAAAAAGCUGGCCUUUUUGAAUCAAAGGAGAAUUAUAAUGAAACAAGGUAUCAAUGCGAUAAAAUACUCUAAAGAAAUUCGGUUAAUGCCAAUUGAUAUAUUAUGAGCAGUGUAUUACUUCACUCGGAUGACAAAGCUAAAGGCCUAUCUAGUAACGAGCUGCAAAGUCUUGAAAAUUACACGAAUUCAGAGGGCCUAAGGCGCCGAGGUGGCAACAUGGUACCAAGGAUAUCAGGAGAGUCUUUCCAAAAUAGUUCAGCGGGUCGUAGAAGAACAUUUUCGUCAUCCAGUGACACCAGCGAAACUAAAGUUUCCAAAGAUAUGUCAAAUGGCGUGUUAAAGGACAAUCCUAUUGUUGAAUUUGAAGAUCCGUUAAAAUCUCAGAUUAGGUCUCAGAUUUGUGAAACUUCUUUUACUGAAAAUUACAAUAGAGACUCGUCGUCUGAUUUACUUAGCCCAACUGCUGAUGUUUCGCUGUCAUCGGAUGAAAAUGAAGACAAUUCGGCAAGAUUUGGGAGCUUUAAUUCAAAGAAUCUUUAUAAACCUCUACCACAUGUGGACGCUAACUUUGAGGAAGAUGAUAUUACUGAAGAAGCAGUCUUGUUACCAGAUGGAGAAUUUCGAAGAAUAAGAGAGGGUAAUCGUGAAAUUGAUAUCAAAAUAAGUACUGAAGAGAAAUCUAUAAGCAUUGCCUUACAAGUUUUCUUUCCCUUUAUGAUUGCUGGCAUGGGAACUGUAGCAGCAGGACUUCUACUGGAUGUUGUUCAGCACUGGGCAGUUUUCAAAGAGGUUUCUGAGGUAUUCAUACUAGUUCCAGCACUUCUUGGUCUGAAAGGGAAUUUGGAGAUGACACUGGCAUCAAGAAUGUCAACAGCUGCCAAUCUUGGCUCAAUGGAUACCAAAAAUGAGCAAGCUAGUUUGAUUAUUGGUAACUUAGUUUUGACACAGGCACAAGCAUUGGUAGUUGCAGCACUUGCAUCUAUAGCUGCGGUUGUAUUUGGUUGGGUCCUUGAUGGUCACUUUGAUGUUCAUCAUGCAUGGCUCCUCUGUGCCAGCAGCUUAGUAACAGCAUCAUUAGCCAGUCUAAUUCUUGGUAGCAUUAUGGUUGUUGUUAUAAUACUAUCAAAGAAAUGUGGUAUCAACCCUGAUAAUGUUGCAACACCUAUUGCCGCUAGUUUGGGAGAUUUAACUACCCUUGCUCUGCUGUCUACCAUCAGCUCCUUUUUCUAUGAUCGCAUUGGUACUCAUUACUGGAUAGCACCAGUGAUUUGUGUAUUAUGUGUCAUUUUGCUGCCCCUCUGGGUCUAUAUAUCACACCACAAUAAAUACACACAUGAUACUCUAUACAGUGGUUGGACGCCAGUUAUAAGUGCCAUGUGUAUAAGCAGUGCUGGUGGUCUUGUCCUUAGUUAUAUUGUUGAAAGGUAUCAUGGAAUUGCUGUCUUUAAUCCUGUGGUGAAUGGAGUUGGAGGCAACUUGGUUGCUGUUCAGGCAAGCAGGAUAUCAACCUCACUUCACAGGGUAUCAGUUCUUGGAAAGCUUCCACAAGGUGUUAGAUAUGGGUGCAUACAUUCCUUUUGUACUGCAGGUGGACAUUCAAAGACAGCACGGAUUUUAAUUGCAAUGUCAGUCCCAGGUCACAUGAUUUUCCUUAGCAUCAUUGCGUGGAUGAAAGCUGGACACACAUCUUUAACACCAAUUUUUACUUCAACAUACCUACUUGUUGGAAUUCUUCAGGUAACAAUACUGCUAUUUGUCGCAAACUGGAUGGUUCACUGGAUGUGGAAGAGAAAGAAUGACCCUGACAAUUAUUCUAUCCCAUAUUUGACUGCCAUUGGGGAUCUGUUGGGUACACUUCUUCUUGCUGUUGCUUUCCAUGCCCUGUGGCUAAUAGGAGACAGAGAUGCAGAUGUAGGAGACUAAAACUUAUGAUGGUUAUCAACAGAGUUUGGGGAAGAACUUUUCUGUUCUAAGACUUAGGAAAUAUUCAACAGAAGUUUUAGGGUUCUCAAUAUGUAUUCGUUUUUAGCAUAGGCUGUAUUGUCUGUGCUGAUAACCUUUUGAUAAAUCUGUGAAAUAAUUUAUAUCAAACUUAAGAAGAAAGUGAAAUAAAGAAAUAAGAUUUGUGAUAUUCCAAGUAUUGCUGAGUCUGAAAUAUGCAGGUUUCCUUGACUAUAAAAAUUUCUUUUUUUGUCAUUUACUCAUUCUAAUUUAUUAAUAAAUGAAUGCAGUGUUUGCAAUAAUAUCAAAUUAUUUCAGACUCAAGAAAAUGUUGGCAUGAAAUAUUUUUAUUUAUCUAUAUAUUGCAUAUAUUUGCCCAACCCCUUGACUUAAGAACAUUAGCAUACAAAUAUAAAAGUUCGCAACAUUGGAUUCUUACUGAAAAACUGUUUCUGGUCACCUUUUUUUGCUUCGAUGGUUGUGGAUUGUCAAGAGAAACUACUCAAAGUUCCCAUCUCAUUAGUAAAUGUUAACAUGAAACUAUUCAGCAAUGUUAUAUAAGCUCAGUUCAACAAAUCAUUUGUUUAGUAUAUUUACUUUAGAAAUAAUUGAGUGUAAUAUUUAACAUAGGUAGCCUGCCUUUGAAUUUUAGUGUCAAAUUUAUAUAUGGUAGGCUUGCUUUUUGGUCAAAGACUUAUCUUUCUUGAAACAGUAGUAAUAUUGACUAAAUACAUUAUUUUGCCAUGUUUGCAUCCUUGCAUAAGACACACCCUUAAUUCUAUGUUUGAAUUCUGAAAAAAUUAUUUCUACUGUGUCGUGCCAUGUAUAAGAUGCACCCCCUUUACUCAGUUCUUGUAAGGAAUGCAUCUUUCAGUGAAAAAUUAAACAUGACAAUUUUAUAGACACUAACUUUUGUCAGAUAUUUUUUCUAUUGUGGAUGGAGAAUUUAAAGUUUUUACUAAAUUUCGGGUAAAAGUGUGAUUAUUCGAAUUAAGAGAACAUAAGCUCCAAAUAUCAUAAUAAUUUGUCUAUAAAAUGACACUUUGCCUUCAAAGGAAAUGGUAGGACAGUCAAUGUUACCAUAUAUAAGAUGCCAAUAAUAAAGCCAAUAAAAAUUAAAAAAGAGGUGUGUCUUAUACAUGGCAAAAUCUGGUACUUUGUUUAAUUGAUAUUUUCUUACUAAUUGACAAAGCUUUCAUGCCACGUUUUAGCCUUGAUAUUCUCAUUGUUGAUAAAAAAUUUUAAUACUUUAAUACAAAUGGUAUCAUUUUUAAGAGAAAAAUACACUUUGAGGGUGCU